AUGAAAAAAACUGACAAAAAAUUAGAUGUUUUGAAUCUAAAAAGGGAGAAUAAACUUUUAACCGUAGAAACAAAGGAUAUGGAAGAGAAGUUGAAACUUCUUAAAUCGGCUCUUUAUUCGGAGCUAAGGAAGACAAACAAAUCCAGUUCUUCUGCGCCGAUUUGGGAAGGUAGUUCUUCAACCUCCACAACCAGCAAACAGGGACCAGAUGCAUUAGUCGACGUCAGUAGACUAAAAUUCAAAACCUUAAAGUACAAUUCGGCUUCAGAAAUCAAGAGCCUAGAUACAUAUGGAAGUAAUAUCCGAAAGUCAAACAAGCAGGUGAAGCAUGCGCACGUGAAUCCGGCCAAUACUGAACAGUUCAUGUGUGGACAGUGUGAAAGUAAAAAGGCAGUAGUUUUGUGCCAGGAAUGCAGUGAAUAUUACUGCGUUAAAUGUUUUGCAACGUUUCACUUGAAAGGAGCACUUAGACGUCAUCAUUCACUACCUAUUUCGACUCAUAGCUUCCGACCGGAACUACAUCACUGCAAAAACACUGGUGAUAUUAACCAAAUACCAGGAGGCAAUGAGGUAGUUAAUAAGGAGUGUCAAAAUUCCUUCAACACUGCAACUAAAUCAAAUUCAGCCUUACAAACUGAAGCAAUAACUGGUAUCGACCAUCAUGAUCCCCUUGCUGAAACUUCACUAUCAUCAACAAAAUCUUCAGCAACAUCCAGUCAUAGUACAUCAACAAUGAAUAAAACAUCUGUUCCAAUAGAAAUCUAUUUCACCCCAAGUAUAACUUACGCAGAAAAACUACUACUUCGUUUGUAUCGCAAUUCCAAACUUCAGCAAUCAAUAAGGAAAGAAAGCAUAAGCAAUCAAACAGUAUGUGAAAGAAUGUUUUUGUUAAAUCCAAAUAUUGAAGAGGAGGAAAGAAAUCAGAAAGAAACUAUGGAAAAUUGUACAGUGAAUCGAGUCUCAUUUGAUGAAUUACAUAAAUUAGCCACAACUCAAAUCCAACUGAGUAAAAAUAAUACACGUGUCUUUUCCCAUUCCAAAUUAAAUUCAGAACGUCCUAUCAGUCAGUGUGAUAAGAUAACGUAUUCAACUAUUGAUGAAUUAAAUGAACACCAUCCAGGAAUCCCCCUUUUUAAUGAGACGUUAUAUAAUUUAGCUAAACAAAGAAAAAAUACUGAGCGAACUCACAAAGAACAAUGUUCUCAGAUCAUUGAUGGAGAUCAUUUUGUCGAAAAUAUUGAUGAAAAUAAUAAAGUCAUGGGUUUACUAAAUGGUAAGCAAAAUAUCUGGCAACCAGCUCAGUCAUUAAUUAAUCCCGAUUCUGAUAAAAAAUAUUCAAGUCAGUAA